AUGAAGGAGAACGAGUUCAUCAUCUCUAAUCAGAUUUUCUCAGCAUGGAAAACUGCUGUCAUCUGUGUUGCAGUUGGAAGUUUGAUCAUGAUCAUAGGAAUUGGGUUUGUAGUUUUCAUGAGUUGGAAAGGUAAAAGAUGGAGAGAGGAGGACACUGAGAAAGUUAACAGAUUGAGAGAGGAGGACACUGAGAAAGUUGAACAGUGGAGAGAGGAAGAUGCUGAGAAAGUGCUGGAAGUCCAAACAUCCCUAGAAAAGUCUGGUGAUAAUCGUCUACAUGGAGUUGAUUUUUCUCCUGUUCAGUGGGCAGCGGUGGUGGUUGCUUUAUGUAACUCGGAUAAGGAGCUGGAAAAGUUUACCCUGAAGAAAUACAUGUCGUCAGAUGAAGGGGUUCGAAGACUGCUGCCAGUGAUUCAAUCAACGGAAAGAGCUGUGUUGUGGGGUUGUGAUCUAACAGAGGAAAGUUGUGAAGUUCUGUCCUCAGUUCUCAGUUUAAACUCCUCCAUUCUGAAACAUCUGUACCUGGGUAACAAUGAACUGAAGGAUUCAGGAGUGAAGCUGCUCUCUGCUGGACUGGAGAAUCCACACUGUAAACUGGAGAGUUGA